CGAGCGGUGUAUAAAAGGAUCGCCGGGAUCACGAAGAGCGGCAGAAACCAAGGAGCGUAAAAACCCAUCGGCGCUGGGAAAGAGAGAGCAACCAUAUAAAAUCUGUGCACCCGGCUGCAGGAGAAUUUAGACAAUCCAGAACUGAUCCUACUAAUUAUUUAUUUCUAAUCCAAUCUCCGGGAGAGAAACUGCAUUUUGUAUUUUUUUUGUCGAAUUAGUGCUUUGAAGUCGAAGAAAAGUUUUGCAAUAGAAAAGUUUUGAGGCGGCGGCUGCAGAGUUCCUGCUGGGGAUUGUGGAUCUGUUGAAGAUGUUGUGUCUGGUUCUGCUGCCUAUCCUGGCGAUGUUCAGCCCCGCUCGGGCUGCCGCAACGGCCCCGGAAGAAAACCUCGUCUACCCGCAGCAGUUGAGCGGCGGAUCACAGGGAGGUUCCCGAGAAGAUGGAGCCACUGAGCUGGGGGAGAAGGUCUCCUACCGGCUUCGGGCUUUCGGACAGGAGUUCACUUUGGAGCUGGCAGCGGACCGGAGCUUCCUGGCGCCCGCUCUCACCCUGCAGAGGCUGGGCAAGGCCGGGCAGAAGGUCGAGGAAGAGAACGGCGACCUGGGUCACUGCUUCUACACCGGCACGGUCAAUUCGCUGCCCGACUCCGUGGCAGCCCUCAGCCUCUGUCACGGUCUCCUGGGCGCCUUCGUGGUCUCCGGACACCAGUACCACAUCCAGCCCAGUAACCAGAGCACCCUUGGGCGCGCUGGAGCGCACCUGAUCCGGAGGACGAGCCUGGGACCUUCUACCGGCUCCAAGUGCGGGGUCAGCGAUCAGAAUGCAGCCCAGGGUGGCGGCGAGUCCCAGCGUCCAGCCCCGGAGGAAAACCCCGCCCCGCCCGCGACGGCCGGCAACCGCAGAGCCAAGCGGUUCGUCUCCUCUCCUCGCUACGUGGAGACCUUGCUGGUGGCGGAUCAGUCCAUGGCGGAGUUUCACGGCGCCGGCCUCAAGCACUACCUCCUGACCCUGAUGUCGGUGGCCGCCAAGCUGUACAAGCACCCCAGCAUCAAGAACUCCAUCAACCUGGUGGUGGUGAAGAUCCUGGUUGUCUACGAGAAGGAGAAAGGUCCCGCCGUGACCUCCAACGCCGCCCUGACCCUAAGGACCUUCUGCAGCUGGCAAAGGCAGCAUAACGUCGCCAGCGACCGCAACCCCGAGCACUACGACACGGCCAUCCUCUUCACCCGAACCGAUCUGUGCGGAGCCAAGACGUGCGAUACGCUGGGGAUGGCCGACGUGGGGACCAUCUGCGACCCCGGCAGAAGCUGCUCCGUGGUCGAAGACGAUGGACUCCAAGCUUCGUUCACGGCGGCGCAUGAACUGGGACACGUGUUCAACAUGCCUCACGAUGAUGCCCGUCAGUGUCUCCAUUCUGUCCAGCUGACAAGUAGCAGUUCCCACAUGAUGGCAUCCACGCUCUCCAACCUGGAUCGGAACCAACCCUGGUCUGUCUGCAGUGCUUACAUGAUCACUUCCUUCCUGGACAAUGGGCACGGAGAAUGUCUGUUGGACAAGCCCCAGAGGCCCAUCCAGCUUCCCCGGGAGAUGCCAGGGGCCACCUAUGACGCAGACCGCCAGUGCCAGCUGACUUUUGGGGAAGACUCUCGGCUCUGUCCAGACGCCGGCAACACCUGCUCACUGCUCUGGUGUACUGGCAUGUCGGGUGAGAUGCUCAUCUGCCAGACCAAGCACUUCCCCUGGGCUGACGGCACCCGCUGCGGAGAGGGAAAGUGGUGCAUCAAGGGGAGAUGUGUCAACCAGUCCAGCGUGAAGGAUUACAAUACCCCUGUGCACGGCGGCUGGGGAAUGUGGGGCACCUGGGGCGAGUGCUCGCGCACGUGUGGCGGCGGAGUGCAGUAUUCAUUCAGGCAAUGCGACAACCCAGUCCCAAGGAACGGCGGGAAGUACUGCGAAGGGAAGAGAGUACAGUACAGGUCCUGCAACACCAUGGACUGCCCGUACAAGAACGGCAAAACAUUCCGUGAAGAGCAGUGCGAGGCUCACAACGACUUCUCGAAGUCCACCGCCUUUGGGGGAUUACCGGCAGUCGAAUGGAUCCCAAAAUACGCCGGGGUGUCUCCGAAGGAUCGGUGCAAACUCAUUUGUCGGGCAAAGGGCACAGGAUACUACUUCGUGCUUCAGCCCAAGGUUGCUGACGGCACUCCGUGUAGUCCGGACUCCACCUCCGUCUGUGUCCAAGGGCAGUGUGUCAAGGCUGGCUGUGACCGAGUCAUCGGCUCCAACAAGAAGUUUGAUAAGUGUGGCGUGUGCAAAGGCAAAGGUUUAACCUGCAAGAAGAUCACCGGUUCUCUCGAACGUUCAAAACCCGGCUACCAAGAAGUUGUCACCAUCCCUGCUGGAGCGACUAACAUUGACAUUAAGCAACGUAGUGUUCGAGGUACAAGGCACGAUGGGAGCUAUCUGGCACUGAAGAAACUUGACGGCACCUACCUCCUGAAUGGAGAAUACACGUUGUCCACUCUGGAGCAGGACAUCUCGUACCACGGCACAAACCUGAGGUACACUGGUUCCUCAGUCUCACUGGAGAGGAUUCGCAGCUUUGGUGCUCUCAAAGAGCCCCUCGUGGUCGAGGUGCUCUCAGUGGGGGACUCAACGCGCCCGCGGAUCAAAUUCACUUUCUUUGUGAAGAAAGACUUGCUGCAGCACCCGGCGAAGUCCAGCCCCAAGAAGCUGUCUUUCAACGCCAUCAGAGAGACGGUGACCUCGGAGUGGGUGAUCGGAGAGUGGGGAGAAUGUUCCAAGACCUGCGGGCUGGGUCUGCAGCGCCGGUCGGUGCAGUGCCUGGGUAACUACGGGCUGCCGGCCAGCGACUGCAGGAGGGAACUGAAGCCGGAUGACCUGCGGCUGUGCGCGGACGUGCCCUGCCCGAGGUGGCUGCUUGGCGAGUGGUCGGCCUGCUCCAAGACUUGUGGGAAGGGCUUUAGGAAGAGGUCUCUGAAAUGUGUCACACGCGAUGGUCAGGUGCUUCCGCUGGAAAGCUGCAACACUUCAAAGAAGCCAAAGCACUUGAUUGGCCUUUGCACUGUGCAGGCUUGUAACUAAGGAAUCAACUUCAGUAGAAAGACAAUUCAGAUGAGCAGCGCGCACACAAAAAGCUGGAAGGGCUCACCAUGUCACGCAGUGUCUAUGGAGGGAUGUGAGCAGUUGACAUUUUAUCAGGAGUUCACUCUGCCAAUUUGCAACAGGCAUGAGGAGGAAUUUCUUUAACCAGAGGGUGUGGAGGCCAGGUCAUUGGGUAUAUUUAAAGUGGAGGUUGAUGGGUUCUUGAUUAGUCAGGGUGCCAAAGGGGCUAUGGGGAGAAGGCAGGAGAAUGGGAUUGAGAGGGGUAAUAAGUCGACCAUGACCAGGCUGGAUGGGCCAAAUGGCCUAAAUCUAUGUCUUGUGGUCUAAAAUGUCAAUUGUUCAUUCCACUCCAUAGAUGCAGCCUGACUUGCUGAGAUCCUCCAGCUUUGUGUGUGUGUGUUGCUCGACAUUUUCCAACAUCUGCAGAACCUUGGGUGUCGCCAAUUCAGAUAAGAUUUAUGUUCAACCUAAAUGCACUGAAAGGCUGUCCGAAUCCAUUGUCAUGUGGCAUGACAUGAUGGUCGUCCCACCCAUAUUUCCCUUUGACAAUGAAUGUUUGAGUUAGUCAUAACAGAUUGGUAGAUAGUGGAGGGGGGGGGGGCAGGAGAGAUGAGAAGCUCAAUGCUUGCAUUGUUUCUCUCUCACAACAAGUAGUCUUGUUAAUAUUCAGAUAUAUUUCACUGUUGACAGUGAAAUCAGAUUUGUAUUUGCUCUUAGAUAAGUAUAGAAUUCCUUAGUUAGAUAAGUAUGGAAUUCCUUAGUUCAUAAGUAUCACCUUUUGUUACAAAAUAACCAAGAUUGUUUCUUCUAGAAUGUUCCUUUCUUUGAGGAAAUGACCUUGUGUUUUAGAUAUAUUUCUAAAUAUUCCUGUUCCCACAGCGUUAUUGAGAGUUGAAUCUUAAUGCCACUGGGUAUUGUACUUGAUGCUCACUCAUGCCCCACAGAGAACAAUAUCUGAUAUUACCAUUGGUACUAAAUAAUAAUCUGGUAUCAAGUAGACCAUAAGAUAUAGGAGCAGAGUUAGGCUCUUAAUACAUUAACCCUUUCGUUUCCAGAAUCAUUCUCGAGAACCUCCCUGGGACCCUCCCCAAUGUCCUCUAGUCCUAGACUCCCCCGCUAUAGGAAGCAUCCUCCUACAUUCACUCUGUCUAGGCCUGUCAAUAUUCAGUAGGUUUCAAUGAGAGUUCAUGGCUCUGCCAUCAUUGGACAGCUGAAGGGGUUGGUGGUUGGUUUGUUGCCAGUUCCUGGCUUCUUUCCCAGUGUGAAAAGAGUACGGAGUAAGUUUUGGGUUGGAAUACUGUAAGAUAAAUGGGUGGGUACAAAACCUUGGAACUAAAGGAAGGAAAGUUUGAUUAGUGUCAUUCGCACCUGAAUAUGAGGGCAUUGUUCGGGGCUUUGCCAUUGUGUUCUUGUGUUCUAGCCUGGGGUCACAGGAGGCAUGAAUCGGUCCAAAUCCUCACUUCCCACCCUUGUGAGGACAGGAGGCCGUGCACCAUCCUGACCUCAACGUUGCCAUUGUGGUUGGGUCAAAAUCCCAGAAUUCCCUCCCUUAGCAGUGUCGGUGGCCUGCAGUGGGUCAAAAAGGAAGCUCACCAACACCUUCCCAAGGGUAGAUAGGAAUGGACAGUUGAAAGGUUGGCAAGCUUGAAGAGAACAGAGAGCUUGAAAGCAAGACACAAAUUCCAACCUUGCAUAGAUCAGUGUCCUCAUGAAAGGGUGAAGUUGGACUUGAAGUGGGGUUGGAGGGGGGGGGGGGAAAUAUUCUCUUUUUCAACAACCUUAUCACAAGGUAUUGCCCAACAACAUCCUACCCUCCUGGCACAUAGUCUGGUACCGAUCAUUCCCUUGGCUUGUGACCAAGUCAGUUCCCACCUACCUCAGAAAUGAAGGGUGAGAUUUAUGAAAAGAGAACAACUUAAACUAUGCUAUUCACAGGCUGCUAUUAAUACAACGCUACAAAUCUGAAAUCCACAGAGUUACAUGAAGAAUGUACAUAUUAAAACUAGCACCAAGACCAGCAAGGGGUACUUUAUAAGUAAAAGUAUUUAAACUCCUUCUGUGAAGGAUUUACCAUUUUGUACAGAUUUCAAAAACUUAUUUAUUUUUUUAAAGCUUUGUAUAAUAUAAUCUUUAAGUUAUCGCUUUUUUAAAAAAAGAAACAAAGGACAUUUAACAAGAAUAGACUAUUUAUACAGUAUAAUUUGUCACUAGGAGGUAAUAAAAGUGAUUGACAUAA